UAAAAACAAUUUUCUGAGCCUUCAAAAUUGCGUCAUUGGUGGUUAGGACUCAAAUUCCGAUUUGUUUACUGUAUUGAUUGAACAUUUUUGGAGUCCAGUGAUUUGAAGUAGUUUAGGUUCCAAACGCUUCAACAGAUUACACUGAAAUUUCAGCGUCUGAACAUUUCCACUUCCGGCUCACGUGACGCAACGUCCGUGUCCCCUCGUCACACUUGCAGUGUUUUCGUGUUCCCUUCUCCGAACCAAACAAACUCCUUCAACUCACCCUCAUCGGUCUCCUGCAGAUGUCACUGAAGAAGAUCUUCACCCUGAGAUACACCAUCCCCUCCACUUUAAACAGUAGUCGGAGAUGUUGUACAUCCAACAGGAAGCGGAGCCAGUCACUCCCUACAUUAAAGAAGAACAGGAAGAUGAAAUCAUCGCAGUGACCGUCGGUGUGAAGAGCGAAGAAGAUGAAGGUUUAAGUGAAGAGAGCGGAGCAGCGAAACAUUCGAGCGACAGCUCAUUUCAGCACCUAACAACAAAAGAAGAGGGACGAUCGCAACCGGACGGCCUCUUAGCUCCGCUCUCGGACAGCGACGACGUAACGUCACACUCUUCUGACAUUAACACUGAUGAGGAGGAUGAUGACUUUGACCAAAAUGCUUGGAAAUCCUUGAACAAGUCAUCAUUGAAAAGAAGUGCAAAAGAAUGUACGGGUGGGAAACCGUUUCCCUGCACACUUUGCAACAAAGGAUUUUCACAGAAGUAUCAUUUAGAAGUGCAUAAACGUACGCACACUGGAGAAAAGCCUUUUGUCUGCGCUUGUUGUGGUAAAAGAUUCAACGAGAACAAAAAUUUAAAGAGACACGCAAGAACACAUAGUGGAGAGAAGCCUUUCACCUGCUCACUUUGCGAUAAAAGAUUUUCUCAGAAAACACUGUUAGAAAGUCACACCCGUAAACACACUGGGGAAAAGCCUUUUGUCUGCACAUGUUGUGGUAAAAGAUUCACCGAGAAGAGAAAUUUAAACAGACAUGCAAGAACACAUACUGGAGAAAAGCCUUUCGCAUGCUCCUUAUGUGAGAAAAGAUUUUAUUUUCAGUCUCAGUUGACAAGACACAUGCUUACACAUACCGGAGAAGAGCCUUUUGUCUGCACAUGUUGUGGUAAAAGAUUCACAGAGAAGAUAAAAUUAAACAGACACGCAAGAACACACAAUGGAGAAAAGCCUUUUUUCUGCACAUUUUGUGGUAAAAGAUUCGCUGAGAAGGGAAAUUUAAUCCAACACACAGACAUACACAGUGGAGAAAAGACUUUUGGCUGUUUACUUUGUGGCAAAAGAUUCACACAGAAGGCACAUUUAAACAAACACACAAAAACACACGCUGGAGAGAAACCUUUAGGUUGUUCAAUUUGUGGUAAAAAAUUCACCCGCCAGGCAGAUUUACUAUCGCACGCAAGAAGCCACACUGGGGGAAAGCCUUUGAAUUGAAGUGUUUUACGAGAUGUUCAAAUUCCUGCCACGCAUUUUCAGUGGAAAAAACUUCCAUUUUCUCACUUUCCCAUGAGCUUCUUUUGAAAAAGUUGAAAUGAUUUUGCAGGUUUCACCACCAUCAAAUAUUCUUGAUUUUUUUCUUCUUUUUAAUCAAAUGAAUUUGGUUAAGUUUAGGUUAGGUUACUUCAUAUCAAGCUUGAUCUUCUGUUCUCUUUUAUAUUAGGACUUUUCUGCUACUUUGAUUGAUUCAGAUUUCGCUUUUAUCCCCUCUAUUUGUUGCUUUUGUAAACUUUUGUCAUCUGACCUUGAGCGUCUUGAAAGGCACUUUGAAAUAACACUCAUUACACUGGUCAACAGUCAAAUUUGUACAUGAAAUAUUUAUACUAUUUGUAGCUAAAUUGAGGUCAUUGCAAGUGUCAGAAUAUUGAAAUUUUGUUUCUUAUUUGCGAGUUCAUACAGUUUAUAUGUUCUAAAUGAGAAUAUUUUGAUAUAGCAAUGCAAUAUUUCCUAAAGGACACAAAAGCUGAUAUAUCCUAGAACAUUUUUUUCCCAAUAGUAGGCCUGUGUUAAUAUUUGAAAAGCUUUGAUGCUGCUGAUCUUUUGUUUAUUGUCCAGUUUCCAAACAAUUUAAAUGGUUUCUGGGAAGACUUCUUUAUUCGUGUUGUGCAUUGUAUAUUUUCCACUCGGAUUCAUGAUAGAAUUACUUGACCUUUUUGUUUUGAUACUAUUCAUUUUCCCCCGUAAUUCCUCUAUUGUGAACCAUUUUAGAGCUCAUCUCUAUUCAAUUUAAAAAUCAACAUUAGAUGUUGACGAUGUGUAGUCUGUUUGUAUUUUGCAAUAAUUUAGUUUUUAUUACCAUUGUAGUAAUUUAUCAAUUCAUAUACAGCAUGGGAAAAAACUCAAAAUAUUAUUUUCUGAAAAUUUUGAAGCAGUGUUAACACUUUACUGCCUGCAAUAUGAAGCAAUUGUCAGAAAAUCAAAAAAUUUGAAAAAUAAGGUCUUAAACCUAAACCUU